AUGAUGAAUUAUUUAAUAGAUUAUUAUUACAAAAAUUUAGGAAAAUAUUGGAAUUAUUAUAUAACAUUUAUUAUAUCAUAUGGCAGAUAUAAAUUUGAUAGAGGCAAAAAUGGUUUUAUUGAAGAAUUUAUAGAUUAUAAUAAUAUAGAGGAAAUUGAUAAUCAAACAAUUCAAUCUAAUGAAGAAAAUAGCUUGUUCGUUGAGACAAAAAUAUAUUAA